AGUUUCCAGAAAACAAUGAUGUUUGAGAAGGAGUAUAUGUUGUCAUCAAAAAAGAGUAGUGGUACAGGAUUAUAGUGUUUGUCAGAUAGCUCAAGAUAUGAAACCGCGUGAAAGGACGAUUUUGAGAUGUAUAGAAGACAUUGGUUCCACUGGCCGCUUCCAAAUAUUCUUGUCCCUGUUUUCCAUUAUCUCAUCCCUUUUCUGCGGCUACAUUACAUUCCAUUUCCAGAGUUUAACUGUUGCUCCCUCAGUUGUGUGUUUAAGACCAGAUUGUGAAGCUCUGCUGACUUCUGGGGAACCUGAACCAGAGUACAAGGUCAUGUGUAACACACAACGUCACAUAGAUUGGGACUUCACAGAAGGACACAGCAACAUCUUGACUGAGUACAAUUUGUACUGUGACAGAAUGUGGCUAAUCAGUAUGGGUACUACUUUAUAUUUCGUGGGUUUCUUUGUAGCAGUAGGUCCUUUUAGUGCGAUAACAGAUAAACUGGGGAGGAAACUAUCUUCUGAGUUAUUUAUUGUGCUGUAUAUUCUCUUACUCAUUCUGUUAGGUUUUAGUGGUCACCUCUAUCAGAUAUUUAUCUGUAGGAUUCUACUGGGUGCAGUUCAUGGAGGCCUCUCAGUUUCAUCAUCUGUAGCUUUCUACGAGUUCACUACUGCAGACACAGCAACAUUAAACAUGAUGAUAUCCUCAGCUGCAUUCUCUCUUGGUGGAGGGUUGGCUGGUUUAGUAGCUAUGUGGGCUUCUCACUGGGUCUUAACAGUUAUUCCUCCUCUUAUCGGCUUCUUUACUAUCGGCGUUCUCUUCCACUUCAUUGUCCCUGAAACCCCUCACUGGCUCUUUGCCAGAGGUUACGAAGCCAGGGCUAUUGCUUCCCUUAACAAAGUUGCCAAGUUUAACGGAGCACCUGCUCUUCAUAAUAUUGAACUUGUAAGUGCUACUGGUGAAGUGACCACUUCAAAGAAAUCUCAAGGGUUCGGUAUUUUGUGGUGUGUGCCAUUCUUACGAGAGUCCAUGGCUUGUCUGGCUUUUGGUUGGUUCACAGUUGCAAUCUGUUACUACGGUCUCGAGUUCAAUGCUGCCAGCUUGGGUAACGAAUAUGUCAUUAUGAUACUGAUGGGAUGUUUUGAUACCCCCUUCAAACUAUCCAUGUAUGUUUUUGCAGGACGUCUAGGUAGGAAGUAUGCGUGUCAAGUUUAUUUAGGAGGGGCGUUGCUAUGUUUGAUCCUCAGUGGAGUUCCUCUGGUAGAUAACCUUACUGUUUACGGCAACUUUACUGUAAAGACCGUGUUAGUGUCGUGUGGUCGUGCGCUGGGUGGGUCUGUAUUUGCGCUUCUUUACCUUUACACCACUGAGGUUCUCCCUACACUGGUCCGCUCACUCGGUCUCUCUUGUUGCUCAACAGCUGCUCGUAUCGGCUCACUGCUCGCUCCUUUUGUUAUUCUCGUUAACGAGGUGAGCCCUUAUAUCAUAUAUGUGUUCAUCGUGGCUAGUCUACUCGUUUCAAUGAAACUUCUGCGGCGGAUUCCUGAGACUCUCGGUAAACCACUACCUAAUAGCUUAGAAGAUUGUGAGAAACUGUUUGGUAUUAAAAAGGGGAAACAGAAAUGUGAGGAUAAUAUUGAACUUAUUACGUAAAAUAGUUGAAUUUUAAAACUUUUGAACUUUGUUAAUAUUAGAAUUAUAUGGUUAAAUUUGUAAAAAGAUGUCAACAUUUUUGGUAUUAAUUAUUUGAAUUUCUUUUAAUAAUACAGCAAGUAAAUGGGUCGAAGAUGUCAACAUUUUUGAUAGUUGGGGACGAAGUGAGAGUCUCCACUCAGUGUAUAACACUAUCAAAUAUUAAAAUAAUUCUCUUGGCGAUUGAAAUGUUCAUAUAAAUUCAAUUUGUCAGGAAAAUCAGAUCUUUAGAAUGUAGCAUGAGUUUUAAUACGUAUCUUAUCGUAAUUUGUAACUAUUUAAUAUAAUUAUAAUAUGAUAGAUCAGUCGCUGGUUUACCCUUUCUACCACC